GCUCGUGAUUGGGGGAUAGAACGGAAGAGGGGAUUUUUUUUCCCUCUUCUAUCUUAAAAUAUGAACAGGUGGGGUUUUUAAAAAUAUUUUCCAUCUCUCAUCCUUACCAUUACACCCCUUGUUCCGAAAGUCCAGAGAGUACAUAAGUGUGUUGAAAUGAGCCUUGAAAUAUUCAUCUCCCCAUCGUCCUAAGGAAAAGAUCAACCAUGAGACUUUACUUGGCAAUCAUUCUAGCUAUUUCUUUUCUGGAGAAUUUCGAAGUCCAUAUUAUCAGAGGAACCUUAGGAAGUCAAGCUCUGGCACAUAGCUCCUGUGUAAGCCUGCGUACAAAAGAAAUAGGAAUUCGACGACUUUCUGAUUAUGAAAUACAUCAGCAUCCCCAAAAAGUUGUAAUUUUAAUUGCCAAAAAUCGAGUGAAGAUCUGUGUGCCACAUGAUGCUGCAUGGGUGAAAAAAGUCAUCAGAAACUUGGACAAAAGAAAGCAGAAAACAAGUGACUUAAUAAACAUACAUAGAUCUAAUAACGUGACCAACAGAACAACUAUAUAAUGUCUGCAAAUUACUUACAGGAAAUAAAUGUUCAAAAUCAUUAAAAUUUCACUCGAAUAAAUUCACUGCUAUACCUAGAGUUCAUUGAUUUUUGACCUUUUGGUGCUGGCCUUGGACUUAAUUACUUUAGACUUGUGUGGUUUAUAUUUAUUAUGUAAACCAAAUCAAUCACUAUUUUCAGAACUUUUCCUAGAUUGGAUUCUUAAUAGGAUUUUGGUUCUUCCAGCAGAUUCAUUUAGCUGAAGCAUUAUUCUGUGUAGCUUUCAUAUUUUGCUGCUAGAUAAUCUGAGAGCUUCCCACAAUUAGAAAGCAAUGGUAUUGAUGGAAUACUUGUUUUUGGCAGAAUGGGAAGAAAUAACAAGAAUAUCACACUUAGAGAAUGAAGUGAGUCUUUCUUAAUGAAUGUGUCUAUUGCCAAACUUCUUUCCGAGAUAAUACCUACACCAUAUCACCAUGUUAAAUAGUCUAUCAGUAAAUCACUGCUUUUUUCGUAGCAUUCCAAUUAUCAGAAUAAUUUUGGUAUUAUCAAGGUUACAGAUAGAAAAAUGACUCAGGCAUUGGCUGUUGUUCAAAUGCUAAAUGGAAGAAAGCAGUAUCAACAAAAGGUUUAAAAAUAAGUAUAUAUACAGAUAUGUGCAUUCCUUUUGCUAGGAAUAUUUCAUAAAUGGAUAAUACUACAUAAAUCUAUAUUUUGUUUUAACCAUGCUUGGUUGAAUAAUCCAUCUUACAAUAAGCUGGAUUCAAACAAAUUACCUUGUCUAUCAUAAUGUAUAAUUCUGUCAUUGCCUGUGACUGUCAUUCUUUUCUGAUGUAUUUUUUAGUCCCUCAAUGUUUAAUGUUAACUUACUUAUCAGUUGGCACUUAAACUAGGAUUGUUAUUCCUUUGUAUAUUAUAUCAACGAUUUAAUAUUUCAUGUUAACUUAGUUAUCCAUAGUCCAAUUUACUAUUAAAAUAAAUAUUACAGAAUUGAAUAGAUACAAUGUA